AUGUCCUCCACAACACCAACCACCGAACCAGACCAACUACCACCCCAUCUCGAUCCCCAAACCUACCCCCGCACAACCACCAACCCCACCCUCAACACCCACAUCACCCUAACCUACCACCCCCUCGAUCCUACGAGCGCACUAUCCAAGAUCUCCUCUCCCAACGCCGGCGCAAAUGUCCUCUUCCUCGGCACGACUCGUAACUCCUUCGAAGACCGCCCCGUCGCACAACUAAGCUACACCGCGUACCCGCCUCUCGCGCUGAAGACAUUAUCCAAGAUCGCGGAGGACGCUGUGGCGAAACAUGAGCUGCUAGGUGUUGUGAUUGGGCAUCGACUCGGAGAUGUGCCGAUUGGAGAAAGCAGUAUCGUGAUUGCAGUUAGUGCGGGGCACCGCGGUGCGGCGUGGAGGGCUGGCGAGGAGGUGCUGGAGCUGUGUAAGGAGAAAGCGGAAAUAUGGAAGAAAGAGGUAUUUGUAGAUGGGCAGGGGGAGUGGAGGGCGAAUAGGGAUCGGGAUGCGGAGGGGAAAUUAGUGCAGGGGUGA